AUGACCGCUUCCUUUGCCCCUAACCCUAACACCUGGUACCGACUCACAAACGCCUAUCUUGGCACCUCCACAGCCCUUGACGUGGAAAACGAUGGUUCAGAUAACAGAGAAGGGCUCUUAAAAAUGGCACCUUCUGGAAAUUACAGCGGCCAGUACUGGAGAUUCCUUCGCUUGCCGUCUGGGACCUUCAAGCUGUACACAAUGUUUCUCGGCGAAAACAGGGUUCUGGACGUGUACGGGGAUAUUAAAACCAAACCUCACCUAGCAACAAACGGGAAUUACUCAGGACAGGAGUGGACAGUCGGGAGUUGGGGUGAUGGCACGUGGAAGUUGAGCAACGCAUAUUCAGGCCCCGGGCUGCAUCUUGACACGUAUGCGGAUACACACGAGCUCUUCUUGGGCGAUGGGGAUCAUACGGGGAAGCAUUGGUCAAUCACACCUAUUGAGAGUGUCUGA